CCCAUCAAGAUCCCGGAGCCUGCUACUACUACAGCGAUAAUAUGGAACAGCACUUCUGAUACUGUCUCAUUCAUUCUGUGGUGGUACAGGCAGCCAGCAGAACAUUCUCCAUGAGGAGCAGUAGAAGAUGCCGGCUCUGCCAGCACUGCUGCUGUCAACACACUUCCUGUCCUUUCUGCUAGUCACCAUGGCGCCGCGCUCCCUCAGUCAAGCCCCUCUCCUCUCUUCUGUCCGCAUGGCAGCGAUCCUGGAUGACCAGUCGGUGUGUGGGCGAGGGGAGCGGCUGGCGCUGGCUUUGGCCCGGGAGAACAUCAACAGUGUGAUGGAGGGUCCCACUCGAGCCCAAGUGGAGGUGGACAUCUACGAGCUGCAGAGAGACUCUCAGUAUGACACCACUGACACUAUGUGUCAGAUUUUACCCAAAGGCGUAGUCUCUGUCAUCGGGCCCGCCUCUAGCCCCGCCUCCGGGUCAACUGUCAGUCAUAUAUGUGGAGAGAAAGAGAUCCCUCAUGUAAAGAUUGGCCCGGAGGAGACUCCACGCCUGCCCUAUCUUCGCUUCGCCUCUGUGACGCUGUACCCUAGCAACGAGGACCUGAGCCUGGCCAUAGGAGCCAUCUUGCGCUCUUUCAGCUACCCGUCAGCCAGCCUCGUGUGCGCCAAGGCGGAGUGCCUGCUCAGACUGGAGGAGCUAGUGCGCCGCUUCCUCAUCUCCCGAGAGACACUGUCGGUGCGUAUGCUCGAUGACAACAUGGAUCCCACGCCGCUGCUCAAAGAGAUCCGCGACGACAAGGUGGCUACCAUCAUCAUCGAUGCCAAUGCCUCUGUGUCCUACCUCAUCCUCAAAAGGUCAGCAUCGGAGCUGGGGAUGACAUCAGCGUUUUACAAGUACAUCCUAACCACCAUGGACUUCCCCCUCCUGAGACUAGAUGACAUAGUUGAUGACCAGUCCAACAUCGUGGGCUUCUCCAUGUUCAACACCACUCACCCGUUCUACCUGGAGUUUAUCCGGAGCUUGAACCUGUCCUGGCGGGAGGGCUGUGACCUGACGUACCCUGGCCCAGCACUCUCGUCGGCGCUCAUGUUUGACGCGGUGCAUGUGGUGGUGGGCGCCGUCCGGGAAUUGAACCGCAGUCAGGAGAUUGGAGUGAAGCCACUGAGCUGCACAUCGCCUCAGAUCUGGCAACACGGGACCAGUCUUAUGAACUAUCUGCGCAUGGUGGAGUAUGACGGUCUGACGGGCCGUGUGGAGUUCAACAGUAAAGGGCAGAGGACCAACUACACCCUGCGGAUCCUGGAGAAGCACCGCGGAGGCCACAAAGAGAUCGGAAUCUGGUACUCGAACAACACGCUGGUGAUGAACUCCACCAGUCUGGAUAUUAAUGUCUCAGAGACACUGGCGAACAAGACCCUCAUUGUUACCACCAUACUGGAGAAUCCAUAUAUGAUGCGCAAAGAGAACUACCAGGACUACCAGGGCAAUGACCAGUACGAGGGCUUCUGUAUGGACAUGCUGAGGGAGGUGGCAGACAUGCUCAAGUUCUCCUUCAAGAUCAAGCUGGUGGAUGACGGUCUCUACGGCGCCCCAGAGCCCAAUGGUUCUUGGACAGGCAUGGUUGGAGAGCUGAUCAACAGGAAAGCCGACCUGGCCGUGGCAAGCUUCACCAUCACAUCGGAGCGAGAGAAAGUUAUCGACUUCUCUAAGCCGUUCAUGACCCUAGGGAUCAGCAUCUUGUACCGGGUUCAAAUGGGACGGAAGCCGGGUUACUUCUCCUUUCUCGACCCCUUCUCCCCCGCCGUCUGGCUCUUUAUGCUGCUCGCCUACCUGGCUGUCAGCUGUGUGCUCUUCCUCGCUGCAAGGUUAAGCCCUUAUGAGUGGUACAACCCUCACCCGUGUCUCCGGGAGCGCAGGGACAUGUUGGAGAACCAGUACACUCUUGGGAACAGUCUGUGGUUCCCAGUGGGAGGCUUCAUGCAGCAGGGAUCAGAGAUCAUGCCCAGAGCCUUGUCCACCAGAUGUGUCAGUGGAGUGUGGUGGGCGUUCACACUCAUCAUCAUCUCCUCCUACACGGCUAACCUGGCAGCCUUCCUCACCGUGCAGAGGAUGGAGGUGCCUAUCGAGUCUCCGGACGACCUGGCCGACCAGACCAACAUUGAGUACGGGACCAUCCACGGAGGCAGCACCAUGACUUUCUUUAUGAACUCGCGGUACCAGACCUACCAGCGCAUGUGGAACUACAUGUACUCCAAGCAACCCAGUGUGUUUGUGAAAAGCACAGAGGAGGGCAUCGCACGUGUACUCAACUCCAAAUAUGCCUUUCUGAUGGAGAGCACCAUGAAUGAGUAUCACCGUGGUCUCAACUGUAACCUAACGCAGAUCGGAGGCCUGCUGGAUACCAAGGGUUACGGGAUUGGCAUGCCUCUAGGCUCUCCUUUCCGGGAUGAGAUCACGUUGGCCAUCCUCCAGCUGCAGGAGAAUAACCGUCUGGAGAUCUUGAAGAGGCGAUGGUGGGAAGGAGGCCAAUGUCCCAAAGAGGAGGACCAUCGCGCCAAGGGUCUGGGCAUGGAGAACAUUGGAGGCAUCUUUGUGGUCCUGAUCUGUGGCCUCAUCAUUGCUGUGUUCGUGGCCAUUAUGGAGUUUGUGUGGUCGACGCGGCGUUCGGCAGAGACUGAUGAGGUGUCUGUCUGUCAGGAAAUGAUCACAGAGUUCCGAAACGCCGUCUCAUGUAAGAAGAGUUCCCGCCUGCGUCGUCGUCGACCCCUCAGCAGUUCGGCAGCGCUGCGUCACCCUGCGCGUGUCGCCAUGGGUGCCCCACGGCCUCUGCGCCUGGUCCGAGAGAUGCGUCUGAGCAACGGGAAGCUCUACAGUGGAGCAGGACCACUGACCGGGGGCGCUGGAGGGGCAUGUACAGGACCUGCAGAUGUUGGCCCAGGACCACAGCGUAUCCUAGAUGACCCUCUAGGAGCCAACUCUACCCCUCCCCCUCCGGCGCCCACCCCAGUUAUGCUGCCAGGGCGGGGGUGCUCUCACGUGCGCAUCUGCCAGGAGUGCAGAAGAAUCCAGAACAUGAGAGCAGGGGGCAGUAUAGGCUCCACAAGCAGCCGAAUACCCCCCUCCUCUGCACCCCUGCCUCGCUUGCCCCCACCUCCACCCCAGUCCUCCUCUAACACAGACAGUGAGGGUGGAGGAGGGCCCAGUCCGAGGAGACUUCACCAUAGCCCUCCACCCCACAGCAGCCGGCCCUGUCCGCCCCACAGCAGUAACAGCACAGACCUGAUGGGGGACCAGGACUGAGAGCAGUACAAAAACUACUUCUUAAUGGACCAAUGUUUUGUUACUUUGGACAAAAGCUGCUGAUGUUUGGAGUGCGCGUCCUUGAAUGGACUUUUACAGAAAAAUUUAACUGACAAACGAAACUCCCGUACACAGAACUGCUCGGUGUGAACAAGUCUGCACAGAAGAGAAGAGACAGAAGCUUCCUGACUUUCCUCACCUCCAGAUUGGAGUCUUACACAGACACUUUGCCGAA